GAUUUAGAUCUCUAGUUGCCCAACGCGCCUAUAAAAGCCGUCGCAAACUAACCCUAACAUCCCCAAGAACAGGCAGUCCCUCCGCCGUCGAGAAGAGUUUCUAGCGCUCCAUCGCUUCUCGACGACUCGGUGUAAGAUGGUUCUUCCGAACGAUAUCGAUCUGCUAAAUCCUCCGGCCGAGAUUGAGAAGAGGAAGCACAAGCUUAAGCGCCUCGUCCAGUCCCCAAACUCGUUCUUUAUGGAUGUCAAGUGCCAGGGUUGCUUUAAUAUAACCACUGUGUUUAGUCACUCCCAAACGGUUGUGGUAUGUGGGAACUGCCAGACGGUGUUGUGCCAGCCAACUGGUGGGCGUGCUAGACUCACCGAAGGCUGCUCUUUUAGGAGAAAGGGUGAUUGAGUAUGAGAAUGUGAUUAUGAAGAUGAAGAUGGAUGAAUUGACGCCUUGUUGCAGGGUUGUUUUAUGUCGUCUUCAGGAAAGAAAUGAGGUUAUUCUGGUUUUGCUUUUCAAGUUUUGGUUUUCGUAUGUAAUAGUUUAAAGAGACUAAUUUCUGAUCUAUUUUUGACAAUGUCUCUUAGACUUCUGUUUUGUUGGAUGAAGCUGCUUUUUGGUAAACGUUUAGUUCUUUA